GGGCGGAGAAGCGUAUUCGCUGCGCUCAGCCCGGCUCGCCUCACCGGCCUUCUCCGCCCCGGAUUCUAGAAAGUUUGUUUUGCGUCGAUCCGACUCCGCCGUCGAGCUGUGGAGCUGUAGACAGUCUUCAGGGUCCUCCUCUCAGACGCCACCGUGUCAGCCUUAUUAUACUUCGCAGCCAAAACAGCCAAGAUGACCAAGCCGGGUAGUUUUUCAGCUCCGCUGCUGGCGCUCCUUCUGUGGAGGCUGGGCGAAGUGGCGGAAGCCUGCAGCUGCGCUCCUGCACAUCCCCAGCAGGCUCACUGCAACGCGGAUGUCGUUAUCAGAGCUAAAGUGAUUGGACAGAAAGAAGUGCUCAUUGGCAGUGACACCUAUGGCAAUCCAAUCAAGAAGAUCCAGUAUGACAUUAAACAGAUGAAGAUGUUCAAGGGGCCUAGCCAAGAGAUUAACGCCAUUUUCACUGCUCCCACCUCUGCUGUGUGUGGGGUGACCCUUGAGAGUGAUGGAAAGAGUGAAUAUCUGGUCACAGGUAAACUGGAGUCAGAUGGCACAGUGCACGUGACGCUGUGCGACUUCAUUGUGCCAUGGAAUUCUCUGACCCCUGCUCAGAGAAAGGGCUUCGAAGUGCGCUAUGAGACGGGCUGUGGAUGCCGGAUUGUCCGCUGCUCCUCUGUACCCUGUUCAGUCAGUGACCCCGUAGAGUGUCUGUGGACUGACUGGAUUACGCAGAGCACCGUGCAGGGUCCCCAGGCUCAGCACUACACUUGCAUAAAGAGGAAUGAUGAUUCCUGUGCUUGGUACCGUGGGGCCGCCCUACCAAAAAACGAAUUCAUGGAUAUCGAAGAUCCAUGAACCUGAAGGCGUCCGACUUCAGAGCUCCCUUUAGAAAGGCCUCCAAAUACUGCUAUGGACCCUCGAAAUAAUCACACCAUUACUCAACUGUAUUUAGUACUUUUUUACCUUAGUUCUGGUUAUAUAUGACAAGAUGAAAGAAUAUGGCAGAGGAAGGUCUCUGACUUUCGUAAGCACUUUGAGUCCCCAGUAGCGCCUACUCGUGACCUUACUCUUUAAUAAAACGAAAAGGGAUUUUAAGAAAAUGAAAGCUAAUAUUACCACUGUUUGUUUUUUGUUCGUUUGUUUGUUUUUUGGAUAACAAACACAUUAUCUGUACAUGGCAUGUGUAGAAAAUACUUAAGUAGUCCAAUGAAAUGUGUCCGACUCUUAACUUAGUUAUUUUUAUUUUAUUAUUAUUAAUUUUUUUAUAUGGUCCAUGCCAGUAACUUUUCCUUUUUCAGUCUAGAAAUAACUGAAGUAAUUGGAUUUAUGGGUGCAUACAAGUGACCUACAGUACAAUAGAUGUAAAUUGCGUACUAUGCUGUGCACAAAGAAAUGAUGUCUUGUAAUAGGCUAAUUUAUGUAUGUUGUAAUAUAUACAGACAUUUCUAAUUUAUAUCUAAACAUUCCACUCUGGUGUUGUAGCUCAUAGACAAAGAAACAACUUCUUUCAGUUGCAUUUACUUUUUUUUUUCCUUUCAAUUUGUCAUCCUUUUUGGUGAAGAGAUUUUGGGCGAUGCAGUUUAUCGAUUAUUUUUCAAGCCCUUUAAUCUGACACUAUUCGAUAUUCAAACAUCGUGUGGAAAACGUCAAAAAGCCUAUGUCUGUAGUCAUUUUGUAUAUCAUGGUAUCCUUUUUUUAUCUCCAUGUUCCUGUACUGUGUAUAUUUGUGUCUCUGAAUGUUUUUCUUUUAUUUUAUUUUUUUUUUUUAGUAUCACAAGCAAAAAAUAAAUAGUGUGAGAUUUCCGGUGCUGGAACCACUUGGGAAGACUUUAUGAGAGCUAACCUGUGCAUGCCUUUCAUAAUCCUGUAUUAUUCCUAUUGGUGUAACAGUUAAAUAUUCAUUAAUAAAGGAAAAGGAAAAAAAAAAAGCA